ACUUGGAAAUUCCAACUCCCCCGAAUGACUAUAAAUGGCCCCAUGAUCUCCAAGCAAACGCGUUAUAAAUCUGAAAAGACUCGAGUGGAGUCAAGUCAACUCAACAGGUCUACCCUUCAGUUGGGCGCAGCUGCCAUGCAUCUUCCCAAUUUGAUUACAUAAAUUACUGGUGCUUGAGCACGAAAUCGGCAGCAUACAGGGAGGAGAAAUCAACAAAUUACUAUUUACUUUGGGGCAAUCUGAGUCCAGUUAUAAGAGGCCUCGGUGCUAAACACAGAAAUUUCAAGUGUAAACAAUGGCCUCCCUCGCUUCUUCUCCGAGCUUCUCCCUACUUCCAAGGGAGGCAUAGUUCGCGUACAAGGCGAUGAGUUCUGGCACAUGACCAAAGUUUUAAGAUUGCGCACAAACGAAAGGGUAGAGCUCUUCAAUGGGAAAGGAGGUUUGAUACAAGGUUUAAUACAGAGCGUCGACCGCUCUGGACUUGUUUUUGUGGCAUUGGAAGAUCCAAAGUCAGUUCUUCCACAGAGCACACAAUGGCAUGUAUUUGCAGCUUUUGGUACUUUAAAGGGUGGCCGAGCUGAUUGGCUUGUUGAGAAAUGCACGGAGCUGGGGGCUAGUAGUUUAACUCCUCUGCUGACAGAACGGUCUCCUACUGUCUCAGAAAAUCGACUGGACAGGUUGCAGCGUGUCAAUAUGGCAGCAGCUAAACAAUGUCAACGGCUGCAUGAAAUGAUCUUGAAUCCUUCAAAGAAUAUUAAUGGUCUUUUACCUCUCGUUGCACAGUCAAAGCUAGCUUUUUUGGCAGUUGCAGAAGGUACUCCUCUUGUUAGUGCAUUAACUUCGUCAGGAACGGAGUCCAGUGGAUUGAUUGUGGUUGGACCUGAAGGUGACUUCACUGAGAAAGAGGUGAAUGAAUUGAUGCAAGCUGGUGCUAUCUCUGUUGGUCUUGGUCCACAUCGAUUACGGGUUGAAACUGCAACUGUGGCUCUUCUGGCAACUCUGAUGUUGUGGUCUGAUUCUCAAAAAACAUGCGAUACUUUAUCUCACUCUCAAGGCUAGUGUUCUUUAGUCAUCUCUUGGAUAAGGCUGAACUACAUUACUUUUUGUGUACCACUUACUUUUGGUCAAUUGUAGAUGACUGUUUGUUUCACCAAUGCUGUUGUUGUUGACCAUAUGAAGGUUAAUUUUAACGAGGGAUUUGAGCACUGUAA